AUACAAGAUUCUUGCCGCUCGUAGUACCGGCAUUCGGCACAAGUGGCCCACGUGAGGUACACAGACACUAGACCAUCACUCCUUCUACGACCAGUGCCAUCUAAUAACGAAAUAUCUCACACGAAAUGGAGUCUAAGAAUAUGUUCAAGUGUCUCCUGUUUUUUAUUUCCAUACAAAUAGUGUUAUGUGCCGACCUCUACUCUCUACCGGAGUUACCUCCCGGGGAAGCUCCAGAACCGAUCCUUACAUUCAUGGAGAGGACCUACCGUUCUGGGCGCGGUAGAGCAGGCUAUGACGCUGGAGAACCUCUUCUCCUCUCUCCCCUAAUAGAAGAUAACAAGUUGGAGGAAGCGAGAAAGGCAGCUUACAUAGAUCCGGAUCAGCUAUUGCCUGGCAUGGAUAGCUAUGCAGGAUAUUUGACGGUUAACAAAGAUUAUAACGCAAAUCUUUGGUUCUGGUAUUUCCCCGUGAAAGGUCAGCCUGUGGAGGAGACACCAUGGAUUAUCUGGUUACAAGGUGGACCGGGUGCUUCAUCUCUCUAUGGUCUCUUCACAGAGAUAGGACCCUUCUUUGUCACUGGUGAAAAUCGCUUGGAAGAAAUAAAGUAUUCGUGGGGCAAAAACCACUCGUUACUCUUCAUUGAUAAUCCAGUUGGAACUGGAUUCAGCUUCACUGAUGAUGACCGGGGCUACGCAACUAAUCAGACCACGAUUGGUGAAAACCUUUACACAGCACUUCAGCAGUUCCUCACGCUCUUCCCGGAGUUGAGGAAGGCUCCGCUGACAAUCGCCGGAGAAUCAUACGCUGGGAAACAUAUUCCUUCUCUUGGAGUCCAGAUUCUUUGGCACCGACAAGAGGAUGAACCUAUUAAUCUGCAGGGACUCGCUAUUGGAAACGGAUUCAUUGAUCCGCUGACUCUCCAAAAAUACAGUUACUUUGUGAGAGAGACGGGUCUUGUUGAUGACAAAGUAGCGAACUUCAUGAACCAAAUUGAAACCGCUGUGGUGCAGUUCAUUAAUGAUGGUGAAAUGCUGAAAGCAUAUGCAUACUACAACUACUUACUCACACUGUUCCUGUCUGAAUCAAGACUGAGUAACCUGUACAACUACCUAGAAGACGAGGCUGUAAGUUUAGAUGGAGCCUACCUGGACUUCAUACAAACAAAUGACGUAAGACGCGCCCUGCACGUUGGCAACACCAACUUUACCUCAAUUGGAGUUGUGUACCGGAAACUGGUGCCUGACUUUAUGGGGAGCGCGAAGAAUUGGCUUGAAGAAUUACUGGAAAACUACAGAGUCAUGCUUUAUAAUGGCCACCUUGAUAUCAUCGUGGCGUACCAUCCAUCAGUAAACACUUAUGAUGGUCUUUCCUUCUCAGGCACAUCAGAAUACAGGCUUGGUAAACGAAAACCUUGGUAUCAUAACGGAGAGCUUGCUGGAUACUUCAAAACGGCGAAAAACCUCACGGAAGUGAUGGUCAGAGGAGCUGGCCACAUGGUUCCUGCUGACAAGCCUGCAGCAGCUCUUGGGCUAAUAUCCGCUUUUGCUCGUGGAAUAUCACUUGAUAAUGACACCAGCGCUUUGGUUGAUGUAGAAAAAAAAUCAGAAUCAUCUAAUGCUGAAUAGCAGAUGUUAAACCCGAAUUCCUAUUAAUCAUUUCAAUUUUUUACAAUGUAUUGUAAUGUAAAUAAUUAAGUAUAAAAUAAAUUUUAAUUUUUA